AUGCACUGGCCUGGAAGCUCCUUUGAGAUUCAGGUAGUCAGCUCUCACGGCCGACUCUUCAAGUGUGUGUCCCACUCCUCUGUCACCACCUUCGCUGCUAAGCCAGCGCUGGAAAGGCCAGUUGAACUGUUAGACUCUGACCGGAAAGGAGGUGGCACAAGCCAAGCUGACCAAAUCUGCUUUAAUUUUGGAAAUGGACUUCAUUUAGAGACCUUAGGCACGAGAAGAGAAAAUGAGCUUCCUCCUCGCCCUGCUCACUUGGUGCGGCAGAAGCGUGCCUGGAUCACGGCUCCCGUGGCUCUGCGGGAAGGGGAGAAUCUGUCCAAGAAGAACCCAAUCGCCAAGAUACAUUCUGAUGUUGCAGAAGAAAGAGGACUAAAAAUAACCUACAAAUACAGUGGAAAAGGGAUUACAGAACCACCUUUUGGUAUAUUUGUGUUUAAUAAAGACACCGGAGAAUUAAAUAUUACCAGCAUUCUUGAUCGAGAAGAAACGCCGUAUUUCCUGCUAAUAGGUUAUGCUUUAGAUGAACAUGGUAACAAUGUGGAAAAACCAUUAGAAUUGCGAAUCAAAGUUCUUGAUAUCAAUGACAAUGAGCCGGUGUUCACACAGGAUGUUUUUGUUGGGGCUAUUGAAGAGUUGAGUACAGCAGGUACACUUGUCAUGAAAGUCAGCGCAACAGAUGCAGAUGAGCCCAAUACUCUAAAUUCUAAAAUUUCAUAUAGAAUUGUGUCUCAGAUGUCUACUGAACAUUCAAUGUUCUACAUAAAUAAAGAUACAGGAGAGGUUUUUACAGCAUCUUCUGACUUGGACAGAGAGAAACAGAGCAGCUAUACUUUGACAGUAGAAGCAAAAGACGGCAAUGGACAAAUAACAGAUAAACCAGUAAAGCAAGCUCAAGUUCAGAUUCGUAUUUUGGAUGUCAAUGACAAUAUACCUGUAGUGGAAAGUACAAUGUACGAGGGAUCUGUUCAAGAAAAUCAAGCCAAUGUAGAAGUCAUGCGCAUCAAAGUGUACGAUGCAGAUGAAGAAGGGUCUGAUAACUGGUUAGCAAAUUUUACAUUUGCAUCAGGAAAUGAAGGGGGUUAUUUCCACAUAGAAACAGAUUCUGUAACUAAUGAAGGAAUUGUGACCCUUAUUAAGGAAGUAGAUUAUGAAGAAAUAAAGAAUCUUGACUUCAGUGUUAUUGUCACUAAUAAAGCAGCUUUUCACAAAUCAGUUCAGAAUAGAUACAAGCCUACAUCCAUUCCCAUCAAAGUAAAGGUGAAAAAUGUCCAAGAAGGCAUUCAUUUUAAAAGCAGCACAAUCUCAGUUCACACUAGCGAGAGCACAGAUCGAUCCAGCACAGGCAGCAUCAUUGGAAAAUUUCAAGCUUUUGAUGAAGACACUGGACAGAUAGCCCAAGUAAGAUAUGCAAAAUUGGAAGAUAAGGACAAUUGGAUCUCUAUUGAUUCUGCCACAUCUGAAAUUAAACUUGUAAAAAUUCCUGAUUUUGAAUCCAGAUAUGUUAAAAAUGGUACAUAUACUGCAAAGAUUUUGGCUAUAUCAGAAAACUAUCCGAGAAAAACCAUCACUGGUACUAUUGUCAUCACGGUUGAAGACAUCAAUGAUAACUGCCCUACCCUGGUGAACCCAGUGCAGACUGUCUGUGAUGAUGCCCCCUACGUGAACGUUACAGCCGAGGACCUGGAUGGACCUCACAACAGUGGGCCUUUCAGUUUCUCCAUCAUUGAUGUACCACCUGGGAUGGCAGAAAAAUGGAAAAUAAUACAACAAGAAGGCACCAGUGUCCUGCUGCAACAAAGCGAGCGAAAGCUUGGGCGCAGUGAAAUCCAGUUCCUGAUUCAAGAUGUUCAGGGCUUCAGCUGCCUGGAAAAGCAGAGCCUGAAGCUCAGCGUCUGCAAGUGUCUGGAUUCCAGUGGCUGUGUGGAAGCCCUGCGGGACUCCUAUGUUGGCCUGGGACCCGCAGCGAUUGCCCUGAUGAUUUUGGCCCUUUUGCUCUUGCUUCUUGUACCCCUCUUGCUGCUGAUGUGCCAUUGUGGAGAGGGGACCAAAGGCUUUGCACCCAUCCCUGGUACUAUAGAGAUGCUGCACCCCUGGAACAAUGAAGGGGCACCACCAGAGGACAAGGCGGUGCCUCCCCUUGUGGCGGCAGAUUUUGGGGAGAGUCGAGCAGUCGGAAACGGAGUAGGGGGUGCGCUGACCAAGGAAACCAUUGUGAAAGCGAACAGCUCUGCCUCCUUCACCAAAGGGCUGCACGAGAUGUCUGCAGUGGAUGGAAGAUGGGAGGAACACAGAAGCCUGCUUUCUGGUGGGGCUGCCCAGGCUGCUGGAACGGCAGGAGUCGUCACAGGUACUGAGACCAUGCGGAGCACAAGAGCCACCGGGGUUACCAGAGACGCAGGUGCAGCCCGCACCGUUACCACCGCGCUGAACGAGGACUUCUUGAGGAGUUAUUUCACGGAGAAAGCAGCCUCUUACACCGGAGACGACGACGCCCACAUAGCCAAGGACUGCCUUCUAGUUUAUUCUCAGGAAGCACCCGAGUCGCUGAGUGGUUCCAUUGGCUGUUGCAGUUUUAUUGAAGAAGAACGAGAUGACCUCUUCUUAGAUGAUUUGGGACUGAAAUUCAAGACUCUAGCAGAAGUUUGCAUGGGUCAGAAAAUAGACGUGGAUAUGGAAAUAGGGCAGAGGCAAAAGCCUGGCACUGAAGCAAGUAGGAACACAACUUCACAUGCACACUAUGAGCAGACGAUGGCUCAUUCAGAAAAGAGCUCCCACUCUGGCAGUAGCUUUCACGUUUCAAAGCCUUUGCACGAAGCAAAUGCAGAGAGAGAAACUCAGGAACUAGUCACAGAAAGAUCCAUGUCUUCUAGGCAGGGUCAAAAGGUAGCUGUGCCUCUUCCUGAUCCACUGCUUCCUAGUAACAUUGUAGUGACAGAAACAGCCUAUGCCGCGGCCUCCACCGUGCAGCCAAGCACGACAGUCCUGGGUUCUAGACAACCCCAGGGCCUAAUCGUGACAGAGCGGGUGUAUGCUCCCGCAUCCACUGUGCUGGAUCCGCAUUUUGCCAAUGAAAGGAAUGUCCUGGUCACCCAGCGAGUGAUACAGUCUAAUGAGGGCAUGUUGAAUCCCCUGGAAGCCCCUCAGCAUCUCCCAGAUGCACAUUACGUGAUGGUGAGGGAAAGAGAGAGGGUCCUGGCCCCCAGCGUGGAUGUGCCGCCCCCAGUGCCCAUGCCCAGAGUAGCAGGGGGAGCGAAUGUGACAGUGACAGAAAAAGUGCUAACUCCUGCUUCCACUCUGCAGUCCAAUUCCCAAGUCCCCGCUGACACCUCAGUGCUAGCCAGAAGGACCAUGGGUUCCGGAGCCACUGUCUCUGGCCCUGGGCCGGACGUUGGCUUCGAGGAGCCCGCGCUUUCUAACUCCACCGUAACCACAUCUUCCACCCGAGUCAUCAAGCGCAGCACUGUGCAGCAUUCGUACUCCUGA